AUGGAAGACAGUCAACACCAUGGAAAAAAAACUCAUGGCUAUGGAACAAUAGACUCUCAAUCACUAAGCGAUACUCUCCUUCCUCAAUCACCUGAAUCCCAGAUUGGGGCAGCUUGCUCUGAAGAUGUGUCGGAAUACGAAUCUUAUCCCGAUGGUGGGCUGAAAGCGUGGCUUGUGGUCUUUGGUUGUUUCUGUGCCUUCUUUUCUGCCCUGUCCUUCAUGAAUUCAAUCAGUGUAUACCAUUCCUGGAUAGCUUCGCAUCAGUUACAGGCCGAAGGAGCGGGAAAUAUUGGAUGGAUCUUUGGCUUCUAUAAUUUUCUAACAUUUGUGGCAAGCCUCUUCAUUGGGCCAAUUUUUGAUUCUUACGGCCCUCGCCCACUGUCUGCUGUUGGGCCUGUCUUUCUACUGGCCCAAUAUAUCCUUCUAGGCUUUUGCAAGACUUACUGGCAGUUUUUCUUCUGCAUCAGUAUCCUCGGAGGUAUAGGUACCUGUGUUCUUUUCACUUGCGCCAUUGGUACUAUCCAGCACUGGUUCUUCCAUAGACGUGGGUUUGCCAUGGGGCUUGCGAUAUCCGGUGGAAGUGCUAGCGGAAUUGUUCUACCCCUUAUAAUCAGCUCGAUAUUGCCGAAGAUCGGCUUUCAGAAGAUGACCCUGGCAGUAUCAGUCGUUCUUCUGCCAUUUGAAAUUGCUGCUGUCGUUCUCAUGAAAACUCCGGCUCUGAGCGCCAAGCGUCGCCAAAGUCUGAGAGCGGAUGGUUGGAAAGCCAUGCCUAGUCUUCGACUCUUACUUGACCUUCAGCCCUUUCUCAUGGCUCUCGGACUUCUUUUCGGAGAACUCGGCAUGUUCAUCCCAAUGACAUAUGUUACUUCGUACGCCUUGAAGCAGGAUAUGUCACUAUCAAUUGCCUAUUAUCUUAUCACUUCCAUGAGUUGUGGUUCAUUGCUAGGCCGCUGUAUGGCUGGGUUUAUUGGUGAUCAUAUUGGAUGGUUUAACACGCAAAUAAUCAUUUUCGGUUUAUCCACUACCUCAAUCCUUGGUAUUUGGCUUCCUGCAGAGGCCAAUCCUAAUUUCCUUUGGUUAUUUGUCAUCCUGUUUGGUUUCUGCAGUGGGUCAUCAAUAAGCCUAGCACCUGUCUGUAUGUCCCGACUGUGCAAGACAGAAAACUAUGGAAAGGUUUCUGGGACAUUGUUUGCAUUUUCUAGCAUUGGGUGGUCUGCUUCUUCAGCUACCAAAUGCAUCGUACAGGCCAUUGAUAAUCCUUGCUGGACUAUCGUAUGGCCUAGCUUUGCUAUGCUGGACAAGUUUGAGGAUUCUUCGGGGUGGGUGGAACUUGAGAACAAAACUCUGAGUUCUUGA